UUGACAACUUCCGCUUUCACCUGGAAGUACAACCGUAAACGUUUUGCAAACCACCUUGUGCUGCACAGAAGAUUCACAACUAAUCUUCGUGAUUGAAGACUUUAGCUGAUUGAAACUUUAUUAGAGAUUUAAAAAGACUGAUCAGCCGCUCUGCUGACAUGCUCCCGUUAUCUUUACUGAAGACCGCACAGAACCACCCUAUGCUGGUGGAGUUAAAGAAUGGUGAGACGUACAACGGCCAUCUGGUCAGCUGUGACAACUGGAUGAACAUCAAUUUGAGAGAAGUUAUUUGCACCUCACGGGAUGGAGAUAAAUUUUGGAGGAUGCCGGAAUGCUACAUCAGAGGAAGCACCAUUAAAUACUUACGAAUCCCUGAUGAGAUCAUAGAUAUGGUGAAAGAGGAAGUGCUAUCAAAGGGACGUGGCCGGGGAGGCAUGCAGCAGAACAAGCCACAGGGAAAGGGCAGAGGAGGCGUACCUGGAAGAGGCGGUGGAUCCGUCAGAGGUAUUUUUGGUGGCCGUGGCAGAGGCAUGCUGGGAACUGGCCGUGGACAGCAAGACAAAAAGCCUGGAAAACCACAAGGUGUCAAAAACCAACACUAG